UCAUCAUUCGUUUCGAGACUGAAAUAAGUGGAAGCGCUUUCUCGAAAAAUUAAUAUCGCUCUACUGCUGAGGUCGUUCCUUCCAGAGGGAGCAUAAAAUUCAGCGCAAGAGCAUAGCUCUGAGUCGAAGAUCAUCGUUUAGUGAAGGUGGUGGGAGCUUGGCUCUUUUCAUCCCUUGUUUCCAAGACACAAAAUAAUCUAGUGUGAAGUGCAUUUUGAAAGUGUUUUGUGAUAUCAGGAAGAGAAAAUUUUGAUCAUAGUAAGCAGUGAUCGUGGCCGUCGCGCGAGCAGAACGCGAUUCCAUUUUUUCGGGAGUGAGUUUUUCUGUGUGGCCCCGAAGUAUAUCGCCUGCUUGGAUUGGGUACAUUUUUGCCUAAAAACCCACUCAAACAGGCCAUAUCCGUCGUUGAAAGAAUCGCGAAUCGCAGGUAGGAGUGAACCGAAGCAAGUGACUGGAAUGCUAGUAGUGUAGUGUAUCCGAGAAAAACCAACCAAAAGCCAAAAGGCGCAGAGAAUAUUUCGUUCAAGUGAAGUGAAAAUACAGUCAAAGCGAACAAGCACGGGACGGCAACCACGGGGCCCGAGUGUGCCGUGCGGAAUAAUAAUAGCAGUGGCAGUGUGAGCUCAGGCCGCACCGUCGCUGCCACGACCAGCAGCAACAGCAUUUUGAACCGGAGAAAUAAUAAGAAACUAAAAACAGAAGAAAACCGCUAGCGCGCGUAGUGAAGUGGUGGGGUAAGCGGUGAGGUGAUUCAAACAGUGUCGCGGUUGUAGAGAGCUACACGAAAAUGUCGCUUCCGAUAAACUCCCUUUACUCACUAACGUGGGGCGACUACGGGACAUCACUAGUGUCGGCCGUCCAACUCCUCCGCUGCCACGGAGACCUGGUCGAUGUUACAUUGGCAGCUGGUGGCCGUAGCUUCCCAGCACACAAAAUUGUAUUGUGCGCAGCCAGUCCGUUUCUGCUGGAUUUGUUGAAGAACACACCAUGCAAGCAUCCAGUCGUCAUGUUGGCCGGUGUCAAUGCCAACGAUUUAGAAGCUCUGCUUGAGUUCGUCUACCGGGGCGAGGUGAGUGUUGACCAUUCGCAACUUCCGUCACUGUUGCAGGCGGCCCACUGUCUCAACAUCCAGGGCCUGGCUCCGCAGACCGUGUCCCACAAGGAUGACAACACAACUUACACCACGUCGAUCCAGCUGCACCCGACACUGGUUCCGCAACAUCAAGCAGUCAAAGCCGUUAUCGACGUUGGAAACAAUGUUUGCACGGAAGAUCUCAUCACCACACUGACCCCCACGCAGACCGUCCAAGCCCAGGUUAUCGAAACCAUUACACCGGACCAGAUGAGCGAUGAAGUUACCAAGGAUGUCAUCAGUCAGUUCUUGCCCACCCGUAAGCGUAAGCAGCGCGUGAAGAAGCCAUCGCAAUCCCAGGGAACCAAUGCUACCGGACUCGUACAACAGGCAACGGCUACUGUCUCGGCUGGAGGAACUCAAGCGGCCAAGGUUCUGAAAACUGAUGAAGAAGGCACUAUUCAAACGAUCAUUGUUAACAGCGCAGAGGAAGCGGCCAACGUUGUAAAGGACAUCAAGAAGGAAGCUCAAGUGGUUGAUGGAACCUCGGUCAUUGAUACAAAGGACGGUAUUAUUAAGAUCAAGAACAAAUCUCAAUCGGAACAACCAGCCACUUGCCCGAUCUGUCAGGCCGUUAUUCGUCAAUCUCGUAACUUGCGUCGUCAUUUGGAAUUGAGGCAUUUUAAGAAACCCGGAAUGAAAAAGGAACGUGUCAAGAAGAGCAAACAAGGUAACGCAAACGGACAGGCGAAUACUAGCGGAUCAGCCGGCAAUGGAAGUGGAACUGAACAACAGGUACAGGUACAACAACAGGCCCAGCAACAGACCACCAUCGAAACGGCAGGAACGAUAUCGGUAACGGUUUCCCAGGCACAGGCUCAACAAUUGGAACAGGCAGCCGCCAAUGGUCAACAGCACGUGGUAACGCAACACGAGAAUGCUGACGGAACGACUUCCCUCUCAAUUGCACAGGUACAGACGCUGGAUGGACAUCAGCUUGCGAUUGGAAACUUGAAUCAGGCCACUCUUAUCCGUACUAGUGAUUCAAUCGAAGCCGGAAUCAUAGCAACGCACGAGCCAACGCUUCGCCCGCAUACGGAACUGUUCCGCGUCGGCAACACCGUCUACACGAUAGAGGAACGUCGGCCAGAUCAGCCGAAUCGUUUGACUUAGAACGAUGACGAUGACGUCGACAAUGGGGGCGACGUGUAUGAAAUAGUUGAAGGAGUCGAUUACGAUUGCAUCAUCGAUAGUGGCGUGGAUGUAGAAAUUGAGGAGGAAACUGGCGAAGGCAUUGUGGUGGAAGACGAGGAGGAAGUAGUAAUGGAUGGUGGCGUUGGCUCGGCAUCCGGCGUUGUUGACGCCAAUGGGGUGAUUCUGGAUGCCGCCACUAACGAUGAAGAAGAGGACCUGGAUGAUGACGAACCACAACAGCUGCAGCAUCACCAGGUAGGUACCCAAACGGGGGAAACGACCGUUGUUACCGUAACAUCGUCAUCUGCGGUGGUACAAAACAAUCGUAAUGCGAUAACCAUCAACAGAAACAGCAGCAACAAUGGUGGUAGUGGCAAUACCAGAGGUAAUAACACAACCGAUGGUGAUAUGGGGUCGUCCUACAAGCACUUUUUAAUUCUCUAAUUUAUUGAAUGCAGUUGAUGAUCAACUCUCGCGUAGAAGCGGAGUUGAUUGAGUGGUUCCUACUUCUGCCACUACGGAAGGCAGGCACCACUUACGAUAGCUUCUACGUUUUUAUGAUCAAUUUAGUAACAUAAGGAAUAUCAAGUUUACGUUGAAUCAACACGUAUAACGAACGUUUGUUCAGUCACAGAAUCGAAUGUCUAUCGUGAAUAAGAUUUGACAGACUUAUAAUUAGGAUGGAAACUUUGAUGAGAUAAGUCAAGAAAGUUCUGUUAGUAAAAUUUUAGCGAAUCGUCGCAAGAAGUAAAGUUAUUCAGUUUUACGCUAUCUUAAAUACUUAUUACAUGUUUUAAACGACAUAAAAUCAAACAUUAGAAGGAUUAAUAUUUCACAGAAAACACAAACAAAUGCAGCACACAUAAUAUACGCUCGGUAUAUUUUAUAGCUUUGUAAAUAGCAGCUUAUAUUGAUAGUGACGUAAAGAAGCAAAACCCGAUUAUAAAAUAUUGAUGAUUAUGCAGUUUAGUAGAAUAUGGCUGAAUGUAUUUUUUGCAACGAUACAAAUCGAUUGAUUGCAAAUGACUACUUUCGUAGGAAGUAGCUCGAGUGCAGCAUAAGUAGGAUGCAGAUUCUGAAAUAGUUUUCGUAAUUGAACAAUAACAUAUAUUGUGCAUAAGACCCUUGGUAUGGAAUAUAUCGUAUAAAUAAUUGUAGUUGCUGUGGUUUGAGUUUAGUGUAUAAAUGGUUGAGGAAUGGAUGUCUGGAAUUUUGUUUUGAGAGCACUAGUGUCAAGUUCUCACGAUGGUGGGAGAAGUGAAGGAUGGUCUGAACCACGUGAUUAGAUUUGUUAAUUGUUUCUCGACUUGCUACCACCAACCUGGUAAAAUUCGACACAAUGCCAAUUUUUCGUUUUUCUUCUUUCAAAAUUAGUUGUUUCCACACCGGAUGUUGUACCUAAGUCAUAAAAACAAGGUUUAUAUUUUGCUUUUUCGAUAUACCCGAAAGCCUAGAUUGGUAAAUGCAUCAUGCUUCAGGAACAAUCACGACAGAUGUUAGAAAUAGCUACCACAAUGGCCGUCGUAGUCGUAGCCCUCAUCUUGCGUUUUUAUGGCAGAAAUGUUAUUUUAUAGGCGAUGUAGUACAUCUGGAAAAUAUUUUUUCGUACACGCUGCGACUGGGAAAAGAUAAAAAAAAUGCUUUUCGAAGUUUUCUGAUGCUUGUUUUUGCUGAAUUUAUGUAGUUUUGAAAUUGGAAUCCAACGCAAUUCACCUUAAGCAAGCAACACCCCUGGACGAACGACCGGAAAACCGCACUCACUGCGUAGACACUGUAUUGGCUUUCGAACCAAAAUAUGUGGUACUAGGGGAAAUAACAACUAUAGCAGCUUUUGUUCUAUUAUUGUCAGGGGGUUUUUGUUGAAGUUUUAUGAAAUUUGGCCACAAUAUUCUUUGAUAUGCAAAGAAUGUUUAGGCCAAAUUUGAACAUAAUUGGUUAUAGAAAACCCCCCUGACAAUAAUAGAACGAACCAUGUCAAAGCUGUCAUAUCCGCUAUGUGUGGACUGCUGUGGAGUUCAUCAGCACUGGAUUGAAUGAGAAGUUACUUCGCAAUUGAACAAUCGCGUUGGUGUCACGGUAACUGUAAUUAUUCCAAUAUCUUGUUUUGAAACACUUAUCCGGCGUUUCAACACAAAUGGUAUUGUAAUAGUAUCAACCAAUUUUAGAAGCUCAAAAACAUACAACUAAAAUCGAAAAUAUUUGAUAUCGAUUCACACUCUUGCAGAUUUUAUCAGUGCCACUAGUCAACCAGCUAGAUGCAUGCACUGUAAAUGGAUGUGCAUAUUUCUAAUAUAUUUAGUUGUGUGUGUUUCAAGCUUCAAUAAUUCAGUUAACAGUAAAGUAAGCCGAGUUUACAUUUAAUUCGAAUUUCUAAUCAAUCCAUAUCGUAUAUGGUGGGGUAGAUCUCCAUCUUUCCACGCGGAGAAUGUUCGUUCAUUGUCAACUUUCACACGUUUGGUUAACUUGGGCUGAUACCCAAUAAAAAGCAAGGUGGAUCUGAUAUGAUGCCAAAUCACGCCCUUGCAUAGAAUUGGUAAAAAAGUAAAUGAUUCCUUCUUUAAAAAUAAGCAUUCGUCAGGCUAAUGAAUACAAGUCUCUUUCAAUCACGAAUUUGCUCAGAAUUAUGCGAAAGAGUAAAUUGCUCCUUCAAAACCACGCAUGUGCCUAAAGAAGGCGAAAAGACAGAUCACUCUUGUUGAUCAUUUUUGUUACCAAUCUGUAUAUCAGUAGCGGUAGGCCCAAAAUCUCAGCCCGAAUAACAAAAAUCUUUCACUAGGUGGGCUCUAGCUGUUUUAUCAUAAAAUCGGAAACAAUUAUUUUCUCUCCCCAAAACUCGAUAAGGCCCGCUACCCACGUAGCGUAUUUUCAACGCUGCGUCCACACGGCGUUAAAAGGACGCAUGUGUGCAUCGGGAAAAAGCGGUACGCACCGAUGCACACCUGCGUUUUUUCAACGCCACGUGCACGCAGCGUUAAAAUAACGCUGGUGUGCAUCGGCGUGAUGACGCUGCGUUCCCGCUUUUUCCCGGUGCACACCUGCGUUUUUUGACGCCACGUGCACUCUGCGUUGAAAUGACGCUUCGUGGCCAUCGAGCCUAAGUCUCCAAAAUUGACUGAAAAAGCGACAGAUGUUUCAUUUGCAAGUUUAGAACAAAUCCGUAAAAUGUUUCUAGUUCAACUAGUACUGUCGAGAAUAAGACAGUCGGGUAACUCAAUUGUGAGUGAAUGCGUGUCCAAACGAUUGGAAAAUGGCUAUAUUUUUCAAUUUUUUUUUUCAUCAUCUUUUAUUGUUUUGGUCUUUAAUCGUAACGAAUUCUUCUUGUAAAUAGAAUCACAUUUGGAAAAUUUUCGAAUAAAAACUACAACUACACUCUAUUAUCAAUGUUUUUCUCAUCUAUUCUUAUGAAACGAUCAGGAUUUUAUGGACAAUGCCAUUUAGGGGAGGCUGAAGAGGAACAAUAUUUCCGCUAAUUUUUGGAAAGUUUAUUUCAGUUAACAACUUUAAAUCUAAAAUACUCUUUACAAUGAUUGACUUUAUUAUUUUAAUCCAGAGGCGUCGCGUCCGCAUGUGCAACCUGUGUACUGAUUUACCUCCAAAACUCUUUUAUAAAAGGUGUUCGGGAAUGGCCUUUUUAGUUGACGAUAAAUUGGGAUCAACAUGAUAAACACGAUUCUUUCAACAUGUUCCAAAAAACAAUCAUUUUAUAUCCUUACGUAGCCAAACCACGGUGAACGAACUUUUAUUCACAUAUGCGGAGGAACGCAAAUUCUUUCAAAUUGAAUGCUGAAUGUAGAUCAAUAUACCAUAGUGAAAUUUACCUUUCAAAUAAAACAACACAAGGUUUUGGACAUUAUUCUCAUCAAUGAAAUUAAAUUAUUUGUAUAGACAAGGUAAUGUCGAAGGAAUUCGUUAGCAAAGAAAAAAGUUGAAAUCGUUUAUGUGUGCGUGUGAGUGCGUUUUAGAUCAAUAAGAGAAAAAAAAAACCGAUGUAAAAAUAAACAUGCAAAUGCCCGUAGCUACGAAAUUUUAACUUAAGAUACAAAAACAUUGCUAACAAAUGCAAGAAUCUAACGGAUAAAAAGUAUAUUUCUUUUAACUUUAAAAGUAGUAAUAUAUGGUAGAAAUAAAAUAUGUAUGAAUCAGAUUUAUUCAUCACCUAAAAAACACAAAAUCUUACGAAGGUAACUGGACAUACCUUUAAAAUAAAGAAAAAACGAAACCAUUUGGAACCCAAAUUUUCGGAAAACAAGAGUACAACCAAAUAUAAAACAAAAAGAAAAUGGCAAACUUUUUUCAUACGCUAGGUUUAAUCGCACUGUUGAAUGCUAAAAAAGGAAUCGAAAUUUGAGAAAAUUAGAGAAAGCUAUCUAAUCUAUAAUAGUUGUGGCAUUCACAAAGUAAAGUUCGUAACAACAUUGUAAAACUAAAGUGUAAACUUGUGAAAAUAUGUAUGUCUAAAUAGUUCAAUACGCGAGUCAUCGUUCUGUUUAUUAGUUAUUUGGCCCCUCUCCCAUCUCUCGAACGCAUUGGAAAUGGUGUGCAUUUAUGGCAUAUGAGAUCGAUCACGAUCAACAUAUUAUUGAGGGAGUCGAAUGCAAAGUGGUGUAAGUGACAAUUUCGGUCAACCGAAAAUAUAAAUCAUGCAAACUUUCCGAAGAGAGAUUUCUAUUUCUGAUAAGAAAAAAAAGUAAACACGCUUAAAGCAUUUGUUUCUUGAACUAGCAAAAUUAGAACCUAACUGGGGGCACUAAUUUGAAUUUCAAUAAGGUUCUCUGUUAUGUCUGAAGAACAGUUCGCACUAUAAAGAAAACAGCCAAGACGACACUAACAAACUGCUACCUCUAUUUGGAUCUGCUUCUCUGGCAUUACAGUCUUCACUGAGAUAUUGCUGCCUCGCAGCCUUUUAGUGUUUAUUAAACACUUCCACAAUUAUCAAUAACGGUGUUUCUGAGCCAUGUUGCAAUUUUUGCAUUCGUAUGUCAUGAUGCUAACACGAUGCUACUCUUAUGCCCAGGAAAGUCGUGAAUAUCCCCAGGCCGGGACUGGGAAUCGAACCCAGUCACCUUCAGCAUGGUCUUGACUUGUAGGUCCGAAUCUUGCCGCUAGGCUAGCAAACCCCCGCCAUGUUACAUAAAUAGAAAAAUCGGAUAAUGACAGAAAAAAUAAAAAAUCUUGGAAAGGAAAAAUAGGUAUAGAAUAAUCAAUCAAGUUUCAUAUUGACAUAGACGAGAUUUGAUUCUACUUCUCCAUUGACGUUCAGAGAAAUAAUGAUGAAAAAACUAAAACUCGAGUCAAUUUUUCCCACUGAAAAACACAAAUACAAUUUGACGCAAUGUCCAACUAGGUAUGUCUCAGAAUGCAUAAACUUGUUUGCAAAAAGCGUGUGAUCCUACAAAAUUUUACUUUGUACUGAUAUAUAUCUCGCCCUUUAUAUCUUUUGAUGAUUGUGGUAAUGAUUGAAUUCACAAUAGUUAUCAAUAUUUUAAAAUAGCUAUCAAUUUUCAGAAUUUCAUCCGUAUCACUUGAAUAUUGUUUUAUAUUGUAUGUCGUAUGCUAUUCAUAACACUGAUGCAAUACUAAAGAAAUGUACAAUAACAAUUGUACCUCUCAUUUGCGGAAAAUUACGUACUAGGUGGCUGUAGUAAGCAAAGAAAAAUAUGAUGGAGCGCCACAGUAGGUCACUUGGCCAACUUGUGAUGAUUUGAAUCGACCAAAUGGUCAUCCUCCGUAUCUGACGACAAGACAACUAAAUUAUAGAAUACCUUUUUGAACUAUUUUGUCUCCUGCCCUAGAGACUGUGGGAGCGAUGACCCAUUCUCAACCCUUAAAAGACCCAUUAUCACCCCGAAGAUGGUAUUGAGAUACUAAAUGCAAUAUUUCAAAUUCAAUUUACAAUUUUUUAUAUAUAAAAUAAUCAAGUGUUUGUCAAAAAAAAAAACUCUAGUAAAGAGACUUUCAGCCUGAGGCUGAUUCGUUUAAUAAGUGUUUGUUGCUUACACCCUUUUACGCUCAACCCCCUUAUUUUUAACCAUUUUUCAAAAAUAAACUGAAUGUUGCAGUCCAGUUAUAGUUCGUAAUGACUGUAUUUAUUGGAAAAAAUAUAUUUUUCGUGAUAAUAUUUAACCAUAGAAAUCUUUCGGACGGAUAGUUUAUCGUGUUUUUGUAUUCAUUUUAGAGCGCAGCUUGCAUAUAAUUCCCGUUAUUUUUUGUUUCUAUAUUUUUGUAAACCGUUAACGUCGUAAGCUAAGGAUCAAGACACCCAUUGUCGUCUAAUGUUCGAUAAGAAUUAACAAUGAAUUCAGCUAUUUAAAUAACUCCGUUAAACUAAGAUUAGAAACACGAAUCCACUAAGCAAAAACCAAACUUCACAGAAACAUAAAUUCAUAACUUCAGCAGCAACCAACCAACACAUAAAAAAGUACAUAUUUUACAUUUAGAAGAAGCACAUGUGGUAGAAUGAAACGAGAGACCGAAAUCAAUAUUUGAAAGGAGGUGAAAACAAGCAUGCAUAGUUCAUCAAAGUAACAUUGAAAUAAAAAAAAACAAACAAGUAUAAAUGUGUGUAAAUACAGAGGAAAAUAAAGUGAAAACCAUGUGAAAAAA